AUGCUGGACUGGGAGGUUCGGACUCCGUUACGGACAGUUCUGCUGCUCUGUGCUCUGCUGCUGUUAGCCGGCUCAGGGAACACACGCAGGAUCAGGAGGAGAGGAUUACACCAGAAGGACUAUGAAUACCCAAACCACUCUCAGUCCACUCAGUACCAGAAGAAUGACCGUUGCCCACCCCCGCCCCAGAUGCUGCCCGAGCGUGCGUGCGAAGUGCCCGGCUGCCGCUCCGAUUCGGAAUGCGAGCGGCACAAACGCUGCUGUUACAACGGCUGUAUCUACGCUUGCCUGGAGUCAGUUCAGCCGCCACCUGUGUUGGACUGGCUAGUGCAGCCUAAACCUCGCUGGCUGGGUGGAAAUGGAUGGUUGUUAGAUGGACCUGAGGAGGUUCUACAAGCUGAGGCCUGCAGUACCACAGAGGAUGGAGAUGAGCCCCUGCACUGUCCCACUGGGUACGAGUGUCACAUCAUUAAUCCUGGGAACCCUGCGGCAGGAAUCCCAAACCGCGGCCAGUGCAUCAAACUCCGCGGCAACUCAGAUGGGCGUAGUCUGAGGCACAAGUACUUCAAAGAUUACAAGGAUUACUUAGGAAGUAACUCCAACAAUGCAGUGAGCUACGAGAAACAUCACCACAAACAUUUGGGAUGA